AGAACGAGCAGCAGCAGCAGCGGAGCGUGGAGCAGCUUCCAGCCGGAGGAGGAGUGAUGGGCUGCGGCCACAGUAAGAAGAAAAGCAAAGGCAAGCGAGGAGAGAAGAGCCAGAAGCUCCAGAGCCGACAUGACGGAGGUAAAAGUGCGUCCGCUGAGCGGGACGUCUUCCUGGAGAAGCAGCUGGAGCGCUUCGAGUGGCAGCUGAGGAUUCUGAAGGAAGUGCUCUUGGCCAAUGGGAACCCGGAGAGGGCGGAGCUUCUGAAAGACCACGCCGACGUGGACGUGUGCGCCCUCGUGCUGAGCAUCCUCGACAAGGUGAAAACGGAGACGACGGCCGAUUCAAACGUUUUUCACGAACAGAAAAGUCAAAUUGCGACUGAGGAACACGAGCGACACGUGGAAGAUCUGCACAAGAGACACGAACAAGAGAAAAAUCAACUGACGGAAAAGUUUCAAGUUGCUGAAAAUGUCCUGAAGGGGGAAGUGGAGGAGCUGAGAGCGGAGCUGCAGGUUUACAACGACCUGAAGAAGAGAGCUGACGAUUCCACGUUCAAUAAAGACCUGCAGAGAAAUAUUCAGGCCCACGGCAGCCCAGGUGCAUUCUGGGAGUCUGAGCAGGAGUCUCUGGUGUUCGUCAUCGAGAUGAAGAGCGAGCGUGUGCAGGAGCAGAGCAGGAAGCUGCAGCAGAUGGAAGAUCUGGUGGAGAAGAAUCUGUCGUUAGAAGAUCAGAUCAUCAACGUCCUGCAGCAGAACGAGGAUCUCCGAGUCCGGAUCGACAACUGUCAGACUCUCACUCAGCAGUUACUAAAGGAGCAGCAUGACCUGAAGGUGGCGCUGGAGAGGCAGGCAGCAGUGAACCAGAAUCUCUCUCAGGAAAAAGAGCAGCUGAUGUUCAAGCUGCGCCACAGAGACUCGUGUCCGACCCUGCACCUGCCCGUCAUGGUGCACGAGAUCGCUCCCCGGUGACUCCAUGGAAUUCAAAACCAGCGACCUGAAGAUUCUCAAGCCUACGAGCUCUGUCUGGUUUCCUCAAACUGGGUGAGAGCUGCACAUCCUACCAUCCACCAGCAGGGGGCGUGGUCCAGGUUUGAAUCCACGUCAGGUCGUUUUAAAGUCUGAAUUCGUCUGUUUGUCUCUGAGUGGCUUCACCAGCGAGGACGGAGAACUCUGCCCCCUGCUGUCCGUGAGGCGCCAUUACAGCUGCUGCUCUUCAGCCGCCACACAGACUGAAAGAUCCUGAGAGAAGACGUCAGGUCGUCUCCACCGAUCUGUCGUCCGCUCCUCCAGCUUCUCACUCGUGAAGGAGUCACAUGUUGUCAUGGUCCGAAUGUUUUGUAAAAUCCUGGAAGUGAAAGAAGUUUCAGAUCCAACGCGUUCAGAUCCUGUUUUAAUGCUGCUGAUGAUUUCACAGCCUCAGAGAAGCAAGUUCCUCCUCGAGAGCAGGUUCUGUAACUGAGACCUUCUGGUCCUCGGUUCCCUCAGCGCUGGUUAGUUCUCUCAGCUCUGGUUAGUUCCCUCAGCGCUGGUUAGUUCCCUCAGCGCUGGUUAGUUCCCUCAGCUCUGGUUAGUUCCCUCAG